AUGUCAGAAGAAGACUCUGCUUCUAAGAUGAGUUCAUCUCUAUCUUCCGGAUCCAAGGCACGGGUUGAAUCGGCACGGCGUCGGAUCGAUCCAUAUGAUCUCUCUGCAGGAGAUAAUCCCGGGUCUGUGAUAUCACAACCGCAACUUCGUGGCCCUAACUAUGAUGAGUGGGCGAUGAACCUUCGACUUGCUUUACGGGCAAGAAAGAAAUUUGGUUUUGUGGAUGGUACUAUCCCUAAACCUAAUGAUGAUUCUGAUGAUCUUGAAGACUGGUGGGCAAAUAAUGCCAUGGUGGUUUCUUGGAUCAGACUCACGGUGGCACCAGAUUUGAGAAGCUCUUUGUCUUAUCAUGAAAUUGCUCAUGACCUAUGGUCUCAAAUACAAAAGCGAUUUUCUGUUAAGAAUGGACAGAGAGUACAACGGAUUAAGACUGAAUUGGCCAAUUGUCAGCAAAAAGGAUCCGCUGUUGAAGCAUAUUAUGGGACGCUGACCAAGCUAUGGACGAGUCUUGCGGAUUUUCAACGUGCCAAGACGGUUGAAGAAAUUGCUAAGGAACGGGAAGAAGAUAAGCUGCAUCAAUUCUUGAUGGGGCUUGAUGAGAGUCUGUUUGGGGCUGUCAAGUCUUCUCUUCUCUCCCGUGAUCCACUUCCGUCGGUUGAUGAGGCAUAUCAGGUUGUAUCACAAGAUGAGGAAUCUAAGCGUGCUAGUCGAUUGUUGGAAACACGGAAUGAAGGAGCUAUUUUUGCUGUUCAAAGUGCUCCUCGUAUGGCUGUGUCAUCACCAUUACGUGAUCCGUCUGCGUUAUGUACGAGUUGUGGGCGAAAAGGACAUUUAACUGAUCAUUGCUUUCGCAAGAUCGGUUAUCCAUGGUGGUGGGGCGAUCGGCCACGUUCUAAACUUCCACCUACUCUGCCUGGUGGUUCUAAUCCUUCUGCUGUCGAUCGUCGGGUGACUACUCUUCCUCCAAAGCGUGUUGAGACGUCACAAGUUCAUCAUGUCGUGACUUCCUCACCAGCAUUUGUGGGCUCAACAUCGAUCACGGAGGCAGAUCGUUUGGGGUUUAGUGGUUUGAGUGAUCAAGAGUGGAAAAAGCUAAAGGAGAUGCUCAAUACAAGGAAAGCUAGUACUAAUGAUCAUCUCUCGGGUAAGUUUUUCAUUGAAUCUUGGAUCAUUGACACCGGUGCAUCGAAUCACAUGACGGGUAGUCUUGACUUUCUAUCGGAUGUUUGUGAUAUGGCACCAAUGUUCAUAAAAUUGCCGGAUGGUCGGUUCACUAUUUCGACUAAGCAAGGGACAGUUUCACUUGGGUCUCAUCUUCGGUUACUGAAUGUGUUUUUUGUUGAUGGAUUGCAAUGUCAUCUUAUAUCGGUUUCUCAGUUAACUAGAGAUAGGAGCUGUAUCUUUCAGAUAUCUGAUAAGAUUUGUAUUGUUCAGGACCGCAUCACACAGACGGUGAUUGGAGCGGGUGAACAGGACAAUGGUCUGUAUUUUUAUCGAGGGAUGGCCUCUGCAGCGGUAACACGAGCUUUGGAUCACCAACCUAAGGAUGUAUGGCACCGUCGUUUGGGACACCCCUCAUCUACGACCAUGGAGCUGAUGCAGUUUUCUGAUUCUAGUAGUAGUAGUAAUGUUUUUGAUUCCAAAACAUGUGACGUUUGUAUUCGUUCCAAGCAAACACGAGACUCUUUUCCUUUGAGCAAUAAUAAAACUUCUUCGGUUUUUGAUCUAGUUCAUUGUGAUUUAUGGGGUCCGUAUCGGACAACGGCAAUCUGUGGUUCUCGAUUUUUUCUCACCAUUGUUGAUGAUUAUUCUCGUGCUGUGUGGCUGUAUCUCUUGCCAAACAAGUCUCAUACUGCCUCUACUCUGCGCGAUUACAUUUCUAUGUGUUGA